AUGACGAACCCCACUGCUGACGCCAAGAAGAACGAGGGCAACGACGCGUUCAAGCAGCAGGACUACCCCACGGCCGUCGCCAAGUACUCGGAAGCCAUCGACUUGGACCCGUUGAACCACGUGUACUUCUCGAACCGCAGCGCCGCCUACGCUGGUUGGGGCAAGUUCCAAGAAGCCGUCGACGAUGCGGUCGAGUGCACUCGACUGAACCCGCAGUUUGUCAAAGGGUACCACCGUCACGGCGUCGCGCUCAAGGGGCUCAAGCGGUACGACGAGGCCCUCGCGACGCUGCGCGCGGGUCAGCGCGUCGACUUUAACAAUGCCGACCUGAACCGUCUCGUGAAAGAGAUUGAGCCGCUGCAGGCGCGUGCGGAGCAGGCGAAGCGCUCGGGCAUGAGCCCAGCCGAGCUGCUGAAGGAGCGUGGCAACGACGCGUUCAAGAGCGCGUCGUUUGAGACCGCUAUUGAGCUGUACGGUGAAGCCAUCGAGGCCUGUAGCGACAAGCCUGGCUCGGACCUCGCGCUGUCAUGCUACAAUAACCGUGCGGCGUGCAACCAGCAGCUGAGCAACUUCUCGGCUGUGAUCCGCGACUGCACCCACGUGCUCGAGUACGACGAGAAGAACCAGAAGGCGCUGCUGCGACGUGCACUGGCCUACGAAGGCUUAGAGCGCUACCGUCUUGCGUUGCAAGACAUUCGUGCACUGCUGGCUAUCAAUCCUUCCAUUGACAUUGCCAACAAGGCGCAGCACCGUCUCAGUAACUAUGUGCGCCAGCUCAAGCAAAACAACUAA